CUGAAAUCGUAUCGUGUAAGUAGACCUUUAGUUUUGCACUGUUUACUAAGUAGAAAUGGCUGUAUGUGCAGCAAUAAUUGGAAAAGAUAAUUCGCCGAAAUUUUUUGCUACCAUAAAUCCAGAUGAGGAAUUACACUUUCAGUACAAAGUUCUUUCAUCUCUAGACGUUGUCGAAGAAAAAUUAAACUCUGGAUUGAAGAGCGGAGCAGAUAUGAGAGAACUAUACUUAGGUAUGCUGCUCUCAUUGGAAACACACAAAAUCUAUGGUUAUGUAACGAACACAAAAAUUAAGUUUAUUAUUGUGAUUGACUCGACCAAUAUGGCCAUAAGAGAUAAUGAAAUAAGAUCAAUGUUCAGGAAAAUACAUUCAGAAUACGCUGACAUAGUCAGCAAUCCCUUUUAUAUACCAGGAGAGCCAAUUUCUUCUAAGGCAUUUACUUCAAAUAUUAAGAGUAUAAUGACUGGUACCGUUUAAGUUAUUUCUAUUUUAAGUGAAUAAUAAUAAUUUAUAUUAAAUAAAUUUGAAUGUGAUGUAUAAGUAUAACUAAAGUUGAAUAUAAAUAAAUAUGUUUAAAAAA